GUUUAGGCUACCUUGACAGAAUUUAUUUGAUGUGAUGUUGUACUCCGUACUCAGUAGCUUGAUACUAUCAACCUAGGUAGUACGGAGUAGUACCUUCGAAACCGUUCCGCCUACCCUGCCAUCGUACUGCUAGCCGCGGACGUCGAGUCGGACCAGGUCUGUCAUGCAAUUGUAUUUGCGCCUGUGACGCGACUACGAUGAAAAAGUUCUUGAUUUAUAUUUCACACACCGUGGCUACUCAUUCUCUUUUGUCAUGCUCCAAACCUGUCGCUUCCCGCCACAGAACAGAGCCGCCCAUAUCACCCUUGGUCUAGUAGUGGACAGAGGCUUCUCGUCCAUGUUGUAGAGAAUGAUUAUGGAUGUGAAUAAAGUAUCUGCGGUGCACUCUAUACUCCAUUUGAUCUUCCACCGCAAUAAAAAUCAACACCGAGGGACCAAAUGGUGGAAAUGGUUGUCAAUCCUCAAAAGGGAUACCUUGAAGCUCGCGAAAUCUCUCGACCGUCAUGGCGGCCCCGGGCCCUCCGCUGAUGAGUACAAACAUCAUUUGGCAAUCCAUGUUAUCCCAAAAUGCUACCUAGCUUUUUCUACAGUUGUUGCCGAUGGGCAAUUCUCUACUCUGGGGACAGUACUACUAGCCACGCUUGCUCGUCUGACAAGAGCGACAGGAAUUGAUAAGGAGAUGAUGGUCUCAACCCAACAAGCAAAGACUUUUACUGGUCCGGUCUGUGGUAUCGAUGCACAAAAGAAUGAGGACGUGGGGGUCGUCCUCUGUCGCCGUGAAAAUUCUUCAGCACCCAUGAUGCCAUCCAGGACCAAGGACUCACACAAUUCACGUCAUGCUCAUAACUCGGGGGGUCCAAAAGAAUAUAAAAGCGCUGUAGGGUUGGAUGGGAAGAAAAUACGAAAGAAAAAGCGGACAAAAGAUGCUAUUGAUGACCUCUUUGACAGCUUGCUAUAGUACUAAAGAACCGUCAUGACACGCAAAAUCUAGAAUAUGAAUGCAAGAUAUACAUGUCGAAGAGCACGAUCCACCUAUGCAUAUGGAUUGA